AUGAAGAACAAUCAAUUCCACUUUUGGAUUUUCGAAUUGCGAGAAAUUUUUAGAGAGAGCAAGAAUUGUGCCUAUUUCUUAGAUUCCUGGACGCAAUUCAAUUCAGCGAUAUCUGUCAUUCACAUUUUUUUGCAUCAAGAGAGUUUGAUAAAAGUCUUAGACUCCAGAAUUUGGAGUAUCCUAGUUUCACGGCUUCUUCCUAUACAAAUAAAUUCCAUUGGAUCCGGCAAUGAUAGAUUGGAAGACUCAAAAGAUUCGUUCAAUAUCAAUAGGUUGAUUGUUCCGCUCCUGUCUGGUCCAAAAGAAAAAAAGAUCUCUGAUCGCUCUUUUUUCUCGGACAGAUGGUCCCAACUUCAUCUGGAUUUGAAUCCUACUGAGAAGUCCGCUCAAGAUCUUCAAUUAUUAAAGAAAGAAGAAGAUGUUUCUUUUGUUCUUUGGAGGAAAUUGGAAAAGAAAGAACUAGCCAAUAUAGUCAAGAUAAUCAUGUAUCAAAAUGAUAUUCUGAAUCAUAGACCUAUAAGGAAACACACGAUCAAUCAACGUUUCUCAAAUUUGAAAAAGAGUCAGAAGAAAUGCUUUGAUCGUCUUAUUUUUAUUUAUCGAACCGAGAGAUCCGUGAAUAAGGAUCCAAAUGCAUAUAAAUACAAAUGGUCCAAGGGGAGCACAAAUUUCCAAGAACAUUUGGACCAUUUCAUUUCUGAGCAGAAUAGUCGUUUUAAAGUAGUGUUCGAUCGAUUACAUAUGAAUGCAUAUUCGAUUGAUUGGGCUGAGGUUAUCGACAAAAAAGAUUUUUCUAAGUCACUUUGUUUCUUUUUGUCCAAGCUUCUUCCCUUUUUGUCUAACUCACUUCCUUUUUUCUUUGUGAGUUUCGGGAGUAUGCCCGUUCAUAGGUCCCAGAGCCAUAUGUAUGAAUUGAAACGUAUGAAUGAUGCACUCGAGAAUCAGUUGUUAGAAUCAAUAGGUCUGCAAACGGUUCAUUUGAAAAAAAGGAAAUCCCCAUUAUUGGAUGACUAUUAUACUUCUCAAAAAUCAAAAUUCUUGAUCAAUGAAGGAACAAUAUUACCAUUUUUGUUCAAUAAGAUACCAAACCAAGACAAUUGGCUGAAUCCUGUGAAAUGUUUUCAUAGAAGUUCAUUGAUGUCCUCUUUUUAUAAAGUAAAUCGACUUCGAUUCUUGAAUAAUCAAUAUAACUUCUCUUUCGAUUGUAACAAAAGAUUCUCUUUUUAUGGGGAAAGGUCCUAUAAUUAUGAUUUUAUGUAUGAACAAUUCCUCAAUGUCUUGUUCAUUCGAAAGAAAAGAUUUUCUUUGUGCGGCGGUAAAAAAACACAUGCUUUUUUGGACAGAGAUACUAUUUCACCAAGCGAGUUAGAGGUGUCUAAGAUAUUGAGACCGAAGAAUUUUCCGCAAAGUGGUGAUGACGGAUAUGACUUGUACAAAUCUUUCCAUUUUUCAACUCGUGUUCCUAGAUCUAUUUACUCGAUCGCGGACAUUUCUGGAACACCUCUAACAGAGGAAGAAAUAGUGAAUUUGGAAAGAACUUCUUGUCAACCUCUUUCCCUUAUUAAUUUAUCUGAUUCAAAAAGGAAGAACUUGCAUCAGUAUCUUGAUUUCGAUUCAAACAUGGGUUUGGGUUUGCUUGACACUCUAUAUUCUGAAAAAUUUAUACCAUCCGCAAAGAGGAAAAAACCUCUAAAAAAAUUCCUUGGAAAAGGGCAGAUGUAUAGAAACUUUCAAAGAAAAAGAAAAAGAAAGAGUAUUUCUUCAAUUCUCUCCAAAUUGAAGCGAUUACGCCCGUAUAUAAUACCGUUGUUCCUUACCUGGACAGGGCACAAAUAUAUCAAUUUCAUAUUUUUAGAUACUCUUUCAGACCUAUUUGCGAUACUAAGGAGGAGUCCUCAAUUUAAAAAAUUUGUAUCUAUUUGGCAGAAUAUUAUGCAUGGAUCCAAGGGAAGUCUUCGGAAAAAACUGUGGGGAAUUCUUCGGAAAAAACUGUGUCUUUCACAACGGAAUCGUAUAAGUGAGAUUUCGAGUAAGUCUUUCCAUAAUUUUCUUGUAGACAUGUACAAAGAUCUUUUUCACACAAAUAAUGAGUCACCAUUCAUAUCGACACAUCUGAGAUCACGAAAUAUUGAGGAGUUCCUGGUUUCAAUCCUUUUACUUCUUCUUGUUACUGGAUAUCUUGUUUAUACACAUCUUUUCUUUGUUUCUCGCUUCUCUAAUGAGUUACAGACAGAGUUCGAACAGGUCAAAUCUUUGAUGAUUCCAUCCUACAUCAUUGAAUUGCGAAAACUUCUGGAUAGGUAUCCUCUAUCAGAACAAAAUUCUUUCUGGUUAAAGGAUAUCUUUGGAGUUGCUCGAGAACAAUUAGGAAAUUUUUUAGAAGAAAGGCGAGGUUGGCCUUCUGGCGGGGACAUCCCAAGGGGUGGUGGUUUCGCUGAUGGGGUCAAAUCCAUACGUUCGAAGAAGAACGGUUUUAAUCUCAUGGAUCUCAUAAGUAUUAUACCAAAUCCCAUCAAUCGAAUCGCGUUUUUGAGAAAUACGAGACAUUUAAGUCAUACAAGUAAAGCAAUCUAUUCAUUGAUAAGGAAAAGAAAAAACAUGAAUAGUAAUUGGAUUGAUGAUAAAAUAGAAUCCUGGAUCUCGACUAGUGAUUUCAUUGCUGAUAAAGAAAGAGAAUUCUUGGUUCAGUUCUCUACCUUAACGACAGAAAAAAGGCUGGAUCAAAUUUUAUUGAGUCUGACUAAUAGUGAUCAGUUAUCAAAGAAUAACUCUGGUUAUCAAAUGAUUGAGCAACCAGGAACAAUUUACUUACGAUAUUUAAUUGACAUUCAUAAAAAGGAUCUGAUGAAUUAUGAGUUCAAUACAUCCUGCUUAGCAGAAAGACGGGUAUUCCUCGCUCAUUAUCAGACAAUCACUUAUUCAGAAAUCCCGUGUGGGGCUAGUUGUUUGGAUUUAUCAUCUCAUGGGAAACCCUUUUCGCUACGCUUAGCCCUAUCCCCUGCUAGGGGUAUUUUAGUGAUAGGUUCGAUAGGAACUGGACGAUCCUAUUUGCUCAAAUAUCUAGCGACAACCACCUAUGUUCCUUUCAUUACAGUAUUUGUAAACAAGUUCCUGGAGAACUUUCCUAAGGGUUUUGAUAGUGAUGAUAGUGAGGACGACAUGGAUGAUAGUGACGAUCUCGACCGUAAGCUUGAUAGCCAGUUGAAGUUUCUAAGUAUGGAGGAUCCGGUAUCUAGCGAUCUGAUGGAAAUAGACCGGUUUUAUCUCACGCUUCAAUUCGAAUUAGCAAAAGCAAUGUCUCCUUGCAUAAUUUGGAUUCCAAACAUUCAUGAUCUGGAUAGGAAUGAGUCGAAUGACUUAUCGCUGGGUAUAUUAGUGAACUCUCUUUCCAGCGAUUCGGAAAAAGGUUCUACUAGAAAUAUUCUAGUUAUUGCUUCUACUCAUAUUCCAAAAAAAGUAGACCCUGCUUUAAUAGCUCCGAAUAAAUUAAAUACAUGCAUUAAGAUACGAAGGCUUCUUAUUCCACAACAAAGAAAGCACUUUUUUACUCUUUCAUAUACUAGGGGAUUUCACUUGGAAAAGCAAAUAUUCGAUACUAAUGGAUUGGGGUCUAUAACUCUGGGUUCUAAUGUACGAGAUCUUGUAGCACUUACUAAUGAGGCGCUAUCGAUUAGUAUUAUACAAAAGAAAUCUAUUAUAGACACUAAUAUAAUUAGAUCUGCUCUUCAUAGACAAACUUGGGAUUUUAGAUCUCAGAUAAGAUCGAUUCAGGAUCAUGGGAUCCUUUUUUAUCAGAUAGGGAGGGCUGUUUCACAAAAUCUACUUCUAAGUAAUUGCUAUAUCGAUCCUAUAUCUAUCUAUAUGAAGAAGAAAUCAUGUGCAGAGGGGGAUUCUUAUUUGUACAAAUGGUACUUCCAACUUGGAACAAGCAUGAAGAAAUUAACCAUACUUCUUUAUCUUUUGAGUUGUUCUGCCGGAUCGGUCGCUCAAGAUCUUUGGUCUCUACCCGGACCUAAUGAAACAAAUGAUGGGAUCACUUCUUAUAGACUCCUUGAGAAUGAUUCUGAUCUAGUUCAUGGGCUAUUAGAAAUAGAAGGUGCUCUGCUGGAACCCUCACAGACAGGAAGUCGGUUUGAUAAUGAUGGCGUGACAUUGCUUCUUCGGUCCGAACCAAGAAAUCCCUUAAAUAUGAUUCAAAAUGGGUCUUCUUCUAUCGCUCCGAGACUGUGGCGCCCUUGGGGCUUUCUCUUUGACGAAGGGUCCAAUGAAUUGAGAUUUCCCUAUUGGGAAGGGUCAUUUCAGGACAAACCGAUCCUUGAUGAUUAUGAUGAAGAGGGUAAGCUUCAAGAGAAUGAUAAUGAUUCGCAGUUCUUGCAGGAUGGAAUCAUGCAGGACCAGACACGAGCGAGAUUUUCCAACGAACAGGGCUUUUUUCGAAUAAGCCAAUUCAUUUGGGACCCCGCAGAUCCACUGUUUUUGCUAUUCCAAGAGGAUCCUUUUGGAUCUGUAUUUUCACAUCAAAAAUUUUCUCCAGAUGAAGAGAUGUCAAGGAUACUUUUGACUUCCCAAACCCAAAAAAUUGAUUGGAAAUAUCUAAAUAAACCCUGGUUUAGGAAGAAUAUGCAAGAACAGAAUUUCAAAUUGUUGAUUGAUCGCCAGAGAUGGUUUAGAACCAAUAGUUCAGUAUCAAAUGAAUUUUUUCGUUCUAAUACUCUAUACGAGAGUUAUCAAUAUUUAUCAAAUCUGUUCCUAUCUAACGGAACCCUAUUGGCUCAACUCACAAAGACAUUGUUGAGAAAAAAAUGGCUUUUCCCAGACGAGAUGGUUGUGACUAUCUGUUCCAAUAACGAACGAUUGGUUUAA